UCCCAACUCUCAUGACAACUCUGUCCCACCAGCACCAUCCCCCUCUCUCCCAGCCUUUUCCCCAAAGCUUAGAAUAAAGAAUGCACCAAAUUUACCGCUAGCAAUUCUCUUUCUCCAUUAAAGAACACCAAAAAGCUCUCUCCUUUAAGUUCAAAAAGGCUGAAACAAGUGUUUGGUUAGAGGGAAAGUGAAGGAAAAAAAGUGGGAAAAAGAUUUGUUUUUCAUCAAUGGGUUGUUCUGCUUCAAGACCCAACACUAAUAUCAUCACCAGAACCCAAAACUCCAACGAAGACCCGCAUUCCUUUUCUUCUGUGGAUUCAUCCAUGGUUUCUUCACUCAAUUCUUCUUCUUCUUCCCCGCUUCCCCCGCCUCCGCCGGUUGUUUCUCGAGCUCUCUCGCUCCCGACGCCGUUAGUUCACCACCCGCCGUUGAGGAAAGGCGACAGCCACCACCUCGUUUCGUUGACUUCCACCACCUACGGCUCUCUUUCACUCAUCGACAUCCAAAAGCCGGAAAUCAACAUCACCUCCCUAGGCGACAAGUCGCCGGUUCAUGUGGACCAAGUCGAGUCAUUGUCGCCGGACUCAGUCAUCAACACGUGGGAACUCAUGGAUGGGCUAGACGAUUGCGGCGAUUUCGAUCUGGGUAAGCCUAAAUCUCUGUUUAAUACUCGUACAAAGGAGAUUCCGCCAUUAACAAAGCCAUUAUGGAAGCAUUUAUCUGAAGAAUCACUGCUUUCAAAGCUUGACCCUAAUGUAGUUUCAAGCUACAGAAGAGCUUUAUCUUCUAGGCAAUUAGUCAACGAAUCCAAAACCCCAAUCGCCACGUGUUCUUCUUCAAGCCCUUCGUGUACUUCAUCACUAUCCGAUAGCUGGGUCAAAGUGCCAACCACUGAGUCCAAACUCGUGUUGUACUUCACUAGCUUAAGAGGAAUUCGAAAAACAUACAAAGAUUGUUGUAGUGUUAAGAUGAUAUUCAGAGGCUUUCGAGUUGCGGUCGAUGAGAGGGACAUUUCGAUGGAUUCCAUGUACCGAAACGAGUUGCAGUCACUGCUGGGAGGGAAAAUUAUUUGCCUGCCACAAGUGUUCAUCAGGGGGAAACACAUUGGUGGGGUUGAAGAGAUUAAACAGCUUAAUGAAAACGGUGAAUUAUCGAAGCUUCUUGCGGGGUUUCCGGUUCGAGAUCCUGGAGUCGUUUGCGAAGGCUGUGGCGAUGCGCGGUUCGUGCCGUGCCCCAACUGCAAUGGAAGCAGGAAAGUGUUUGAAGAAGAUGAUAGGUUAAGAAGGUGCCCUGAUUGCAAUGAAAAUGGGUUGAUAAGGUGUCCUGCUUGUUCUCUUCAUAAACCGAGCAGAUGUUGAAUUUCGGGAUGCAUGAUUCUUUCCGCUUAAUCAGCGGAUGAAGGUAUAUGUUGCUCCAACUCGAUCAUAUGUCUGGAAAUGUAUUCCGAUAUAAGAGUCGGAGCAAUGAUUAUUUGUAGCAGUACUGUUUUGUUUGAUGUUAGUUCCAUGAUGUGCGGGUCUGUCUAAUGUCUAUAUACUACUAGUUCAGCA